AUGACUAUUGAUAAAACCAGACUAACAAUUAAUGACAUUGGCAUAAGAAUCAAUGAUUGUUGGACAUUAUCGCAUGAAGCGCCUGCAGCACUUGAAGUAGCGUUUGUAUGCGCUGUUGUAGUAGUUGCAUUAAUAGUUGUAUUUGUUGUUGUAUUACUAGCAGUAACUGUUGCACUUGUUGUUGUAGUACUUGCAGUAACGGUUAUACUUGUUUCUAUAGCACUUGCAGUAACAGUUGUACUUGUUUCUGUAGUACUUGCAGUAACGGUUAUACUUGUUUCUAUAGCACUUGCAGUAACAGUUGUACUUGUUUCUGUAGUACUUGCAGUAACGGUUAUACUUGUUUCUAUAGCACUUGCAGUAACAGUUGUACUUGUUUCUNUCCCAAAAAAAAAAAAAAAAGGUAUUCGUCCUUCGAAAUUUAAAAUCGGUUCAUCCGAAGAAAAAAGAAUCUGGAUAAAACAUUACAUAGGUUGUAGUCAAUCAAAUAAUAUAAAUCAAAAAUUUGGUACUGUAAUUAAUUGUAAUUUAUCAUUAAAUGAACAAACACGUUUUCAUACAUGUGAUGAAUUAGCAUCAUUAUUUGAUGUACUCUAUUGUCAAAUUGAACAAUUAAUAAUUAAACAACAAUCUCAAGCAAAAUAUUUUUUUGAUAAUGAAACAAUAAUUAUAAUACUUUUUAAUGAUAAUGAUAAUGAACAAAUAAAUAUAGAUAAUAGUUGUCGUUUAGCAAUAGAAUUAUUUCGUUUUAUACAACAUGUUAAUAAUGUAACACAAUGGUGUUUAACAUCUAUAAUAGCUAUUGAUUAUAAUGAAUUAAAUAUUUUAUCAUCGGAAUAUAUUCAAGGUUUAGCAUAUGAUUAUGCUCGAUGGUUACGUGAAGAAUGUCUUAUUAUUAAUCGUAUACAUGUAUCAUCAAGAAUAUAUAAUGCAUUAAAAGAAAAUAAAUUUUAUGAAUUUCAUUCUUAUACAUGGUUAACAAGUAAAAAUUUUAUGGGAAAUAAUUUAACAUAUUUUUUAUUUAGUACAAAUAUGUAUGAAUCACAUAAAAAUUUAAUAACUCCAAUAAAUAAUUCUAGUAUGAUUGAUCAAUUAACACGUAUACAAGCACAAUAUCACAUUGAAAAACAUUUAGGUACAAUAACAUUAACACGUUCAUUACGUAAAAGAAGUUUAAUUGAAUUAACAGCAAAACAUCUUUAUUGGUUAAGUUUAAAUUUUAAAGAACAAUAUUUAAAUAAUGAUCAAAAUCUUAAUUGUGAUUUUCAAUUAACACAUCGUGCAAAUCGUCCAAAUAAUUUUAUUUAUGUUUUUAUAUUAUUUAUUUUAAUUGGAUCAUUAUGUCAAUCAUAUGUUAUUAAUCAUUUAACAUUAUAUUAUUUAAUAUUAUUUCCAACAAUUAUUAUUGGACUUUUAUUAUUAAUUAUUUUAUUUCCUUAUUAA